UUAAAAAGAAGGAGAGAGAACUCUUUUAUUUCUAUUGAAAUCAUCCGUGUCUCAUGUUUACUUUUCUCUAUUGUUCUUACAUCGAAUUCUGUCAAUCAAAAUUUGAAAUCUCGCGCUUAAAUUAAUAAAUUAGCCGUUGUCUUUUGUUACUAUUUGCAUAAAUUAUGAGCCCGCGGCUAUUUUUCUCUCAGCGGUAAAUGCUUGUUAGUUGAUAAAUUUGUCGUUUUUACAUAUCAUAAACAAGCAAGAAGCGAAAUGGCAGGCGAAGACGUUAAAAAUAUAAUAGAAUUGGAUGAUGACUUUUUUGUGACGGAAGAAAUGUUGUCAGAUUUUACUGUUUACGAAAGUUGUGAGGUGGAAGUAUCGUUUGUGGAAGAUCUGUUGGAAGAAGAAAAUGAAGUAGAUGCUGGAUAUUUGGGUAUUCCUCAAAUAGUAUUCGUUGAUGAAGAAGAUGUGGACAUGGUGGUUGAUAACAACAGUACCAAAAAUGUGAAGUUUGUGUGCAGCAAGUGCAAAAAACAGUAUUUUAAAGAAGCUUACUACAAGAAACAUACUCUGAUAUGUAAAAAGCCAACAGAUCCAGAAACAACAACAGUGGCAAGAAAAACUCUUGAUGACUCAAAAAAUAAAUCAACUACAACAAUUUCCACAAAACAAGUUAAAUCAAAAUCGAAUCAAUCUUUAUCCAUCACCGAUCAUGAGCUGCAGCAAGAAAAAAUGAAUUUUGUUCGUGAUGCUAUGGUUAAAAUUUCAAAAGACCCAAUCAAUAACAUUGUUGUGAAAGGAUUCAAAACACCUGGAAAUCGUGUCAAAGAAUUAGCCAACUCAAUUUUGAAUGCUGGGAGUGAUGUUUUGGACAUUAUUUCUGAAAAUGUAGUGUGUCGCAUAUUUAAAGAAUUGCAAAAACCUACUGACUGGUUCAGGAAAAGAAUCUCUUUGGAGAAAAGUGCAUGAACUUGCACAAGACGAUAAAUUCAGACAACAUUGGAAACAUGUAUUACCUAAAGGAUACUGCAUUGACAGUCAAGAAUUCUCUAUGUUGUUGCAGAAAUUUGUUAUGGAGUUAAUAAAAAUACUAGUAGCUCAUGAAAACAAAAAUCGACAUGUCGAAAAAAGUCUUGACUUGAAACUCACAACUGAGGAACAAACUGUUCUGUAUUAUGUUUCAGGAUACAUAAUUUUCUCGCUACGUAAAAAAUACCAAAGAUUAGCAGAUUCGAAAAACAAAGUUGUUGCUGUGGCUGCAUUGCAGUUUCUGAACUCAUUGAAAGUUUCAGGUGAUGAUAAACUGCAGGUAUAUAGUUUUCUGGAUUAUACAAGAUCUUGGGUGGACCAAGUCAGCAGAGGAUACCUGAUAAAAGUCAAUGAUGACAUGUUUAUUUUUUGCAGAAGAAUUGAAAACGUUAUUAGAAAAGUUUUAAAUUUGAACAUGUUGAAAAAAUAUAAAGGAGAAGAUAUACGGGAACUUUUCGAAAAUGAACUUAUGAAGGACUCUUUAAUUGAUCAAGCCUGGGUCAUACUUUCACGGUAUCUUGGAAAUGAGAAGUUAUCGAAAAUUCUCAAAGCUCAGAUCAUUAAAAAAUGGUGUGACAUCAGAGCAAAAGCAUAUGUCACUGCAUAUAUACAAGUAGUUCGACGCAAACUUGCUUCUCUAGCAUCGGAGAAAAAAGAGAAGUUGACUGUAGUCUUAUCUAAAAAAGGUGAACCAAUGAUGCGAAAUAUCCAAAAGGAUACACCAGAGAUGAAACAAUUCCUCGAACCAUAAACACUAUCACAUAGGAAGCAAAGUGACGAUCAUUCUCUGAUGAUCCCUCAGCACGUUUUUGAAAUUCAACUAACUCAUCGUUAAUAUCCCCCAUAUCAGUGAAACCAACCAAUUGUCCAGUUGACUGUCGGAACACCAAGUCAGCUUUUAUUUUCAUCUCAUCAUAAAUAAGCGAAACGUUUUUUUGGUGAUCAUCCAGAGUUGCAAUUUUACUAUCCACUAUUAAUCUUUCAAUGACAUCUGGAUUGAAUCCACACAUUGGAUCAGUGAAGUUUAUGUAUUUUUUAAGUGUGUCAAUAUGUGGGAGUUUUAAAAAAUUCAAAUUCGGAUUUCGCAAAUGUUUAUAUGCUGCUGGUGAAUGGUGGUAUAAACUGAGGCACCACCUAAUAAUUAGUGGGUGCCAUCUCAUGCCAUUAGGUGAACUUUUGGAAGCCAUUUCUUUUUGUUGCUCCCAUAACAACCACUGGGGACUGCCUUCGGGUAUUUCAGGACAUGUUUCCUCAUUGCAAACAAUAUUUUUUAUAAAUUCGUGUUGCUCAUCAUCAACAUGGAUGCAUUCUUUCUCAGUAAUUUUUCUUACCCAAGAUGAUAAUUGGGCAACUUUCUUUAUUGCUCUCUGUUUUUCUCCCUGAGUAUUGCGAUAUCUUUCCUCUAGUUCUUCUCUGGAAAGAUAUCGAAUGUUUGUAUGUGAGGAAUCAAGCACAGAAUCAUCACUUUUCCGUCUACUUCUAACUUUUUUAACUGUUGGUUUAAAAGAAUUGCACAUACUACAUACAGAUGAAGGUUUUUCAGCUAAAAAAUGACAGUUGGUAUGGCGUAUUGUUUUAAAAUUGUCUUCAUCAAAUCUGACCAUUUUAUCGUCUUCAACAAAAGCUACUGGAAAUGUUCCACUCUGAUUCAUGAAUGGCUGUUCGAAAUUACAUCUCGACUUGAUUACAUCUUCAUAACCUUGUAACCCCGUGCAAACACUGACUGACUUCCAGAAUGACGAGAAAGUUGAAAUAUCAUCAUUUUUCAAAACACAUGGCAGAGUUUUUGUUAGUUGUAUUGUUUCUUUCUCCAUAGGUUUCCCAUAUAUGGAGAAAUCCCAACCAUUGCUGUUGUCUAUACGUAUUGUAAGCAAAUGGUUUAAUUCUUUUUCAUUUUGACAAAGGGUAUAGACACGUUUAUAGUUAUCCGAUUUAUCACAUAUACUAAAACCAACUUUCUUCAUACUCACAUCUAAUUCCAGUAUUUUUAAGCUGUCUUUUCUGUUUACAGCAUAAUUCAUGCACACACAAUUUUCAUCCACAUGAGGGUAAAAUGAUGCAGCAGUACCAAUUAUUUUUUUUGACGUUUUCAUCUCAUCUAAUUUUCUUCUACAUCCAUUACAAGUAAAUUUAGGAAAUACACAAGGAUCUUCUUGUUCACAAUUUAUUCCAUAUAUAGAUUGAAACACUUCACUGUAAAUAUCACA